GAGGAGGGAGAGAAAGAAAGGACAUUAGAAGAGACAGAAAGGGGACAGAGAUGGGGGAGUAAGAGCAAUAGGAAUAAGCAUAGUGGAAUCAGACAUUGAGAGGCCGAUAGAAGAGGGUGGGGGCGACAAAGCAAAAAAGAGGGACAGCGCAGGAGAUAGACUGACACCCACAGAGACUGACAAAGAGCAAUGUGUGCAUAACCAGAGCAUUGAAAGGGUUUUCUUAUCACACUGAAUAAGAGCAUCUGCAGAACCUGGAAUUUAAUACACAAUAUGACACGAUGUGACAAGGACAAAAGACUGUGAACAGGCCUGCAUACGAUGCUCCUUCAAACCGGCCUCCUAUGUGCUUGCCUUGUGCUGAUGGGGGGUCUAGGGGAAUCCGUGUUCCCAGAGGAGGCUGUGCCAAUUAGCAAGGCUGGAGUUGAAUAUCUUCAGACAUACCCAGUGUUCUUAGGAAAGGGCCCCAGCAAGACAGCUGAGAGGGAAAGAGAUCGUCUUAACAUUCAAAAAAUAUUGAUGGUGAACAGGACACUAUAUGUUGGUGACAGGGAUGCUUUGUAUCAGAUCAUGUUGGAUUCUUACAGCACAGAGCUGCAGUAUCAUAAGAAAUUGAUCUGGAAAUCAAAUCACCAAGACAUUAAUGUAUGUCGAAUGAAAGGAAAGCAGGAGGACGAGUGCAGGAAUUUUGUGAAGGUUCUUCUCUUGAAAGACUACCAAACUUUGUUCAUUUGUGGAACCAAUGCUUUCAACCCAGUGUGUGCUGACUACAGUAUUGACACUCUGGAGCAGGUUGGCGACACUCUCAGUGGAAUGGCACGAUGUCCAUAUGAUCCCAAACAUGCAAAUGUGGCUCUUUUUGCAGAUGGAAUGCUCUUCACUGCUACAGUAACAGAUUUCCUGGCUAUAGAUGCUGUUUUGUAUCGCAGCCUUGGCCCACGUCUAGCUCUGCGUAGUGUAAAACACGACUCAAAAUGGUUCAAGGAUCCAUACUUUGUUCAUGCAGUGGAAUGGAAAGAGCACGUGUACUUCUUUUUCAGGGAGGUUGCAAUGGAGUUCAACUACCUUGAGAAGGUAGUGGUAUCCCGUGUUGCACGUGUGUGUAAAAAUGACAUGGGAGGGUCACAGCGCGUUCUAGAAAAGCAAUUCUCUUCCUUCUUGAAGGCUCGUUUAAACUGUUCUGUCCCUGGAGAUUCUCAUUUCUACUUCAAUGUCAUCCAAACAGUCAGCAAUAUCCUGAACAUUGGUGGAAGGCAGGUUGUUCUGGCACUUUUCUCCACUCCAACAAACAGUAUUCCUGGAUCAGCUGUCUGUGUGUUCGACAUGGAACAAGUAGCUUCAGUUUUUUCUGGGCGAUUUAGGGAACAGCGCAGUCCAGACUCUGUCUGGACCCCUGUCCCAGAAGAGUUGGUACCACGGCCCCGCCCAGGGUGCUGUGUUGGACACUCACAUCCUUAUAACUCCUCACGCAGUCUCCCUGAUGAAGUGCUGAACUUUGUUAAGUCUCAUCCACUAAUGGAAGAUUCUGUUCCAUCAAUUGGUGGCUUCCCAUGGAUAACAAGGACUUUGACAAGGAAUCAACUGACUCACCUAGCUGUGGAUGCAUCUUCUGGAGUUCAUGGAAACCACACUGUCCUAUUUCUGGCCUCUGACUCAGGAACGGUUCUAAAGUAUCUACUGAUACCAAAAAUGAGUGGAUCUGAGAUAGGCACUUUAGCAAAUCAAACUGUACUGUUGGAAGAACUGCAGACAUACCCUGCAAACAGAUGUGGUUGGGAUGAAGAGGACCAGAAAAUUCUGGGUAUAGAAGUGGAUAAAGGCUCUGGAUCCCUGCUUUUGGCCUAUAGCAGCUGUAUAGUCAAAGUGCCACUUGCUCGUUGCCAGAGACAUGAUGGGUGCAUAAGAAGCUGCCUAGGGACACGUGAUCCAUAUUGUGCAUGGGACCCUGCAAACAAUCUUUGCACCUUUACUCCACAAGGAAUCAGGGGCAGAUAUGAGCAAGACCUGAAUGGAUCAUGGACCUCUCAGCUUGGGGACUGCGAGGGGCUGGUAACACAGAAUUUUGUCGAGCAGAGGGGAGAGGAGGUAUCUGUUAAUGUCCUGGUUGUCUCAUCUGUAGCAGCAUUUUUAGUAGGAGCCAUGCUUUCAGGGCUAGGCGUGUGCUGGGCAAGUUCACAGAGGAAUAAGAAGCUACAGUGCCGACACAGAGAGCUUGACACAAGUCUGAUCCAGGGAGGUUCUGUCCAGAGUGUGAGCCGGGAACUGGGCCAACCAGAACAUGACCCUCUUCUUACUUCUUUGAUACAACGUGAUUGGAACCCAGGACGCAGCAAGGAACAUACUGGUGGGAUUCCUCCAACUCCUGAGCAGACACCUCUACAGCACAAGAAAAGCAUUAGCACUCAUGAAUAUAUUACUCACUCCUUGCGGGAUCCAAAUAUCAUCCUAACACAACCAGAGACACCCCCACUAUUAUCUAAACACAUGCUUUCAAAAGGGGAGCAUGGACCACAAGACCCAUGUUAUUUGCAACCUCACGAAGAGGAUCCUCUGUACUUGCCUCUGCAUGGAGGAGAUUGUUUAUAUUUACGCCAGCAUGGAGAGGAACCCUGCUUUAUGACCCAGCACAGAGAAGAUAUUCGCUAUAUUCCCCCAAAUAUAGAGGGGAAACGAUAUUUAUCCCAGCAUGGGGACAACCCUUGCUAUAUGUCUUCACAGGGAGAGGAAACACGUUAUUUGCCUCAACAUACUGAAGAGACACACUAUCGGCCCUCACAGGGGCAGGACAGCAGUUAUCUUUCCCUGGAUGUGCCCUCCAAAUCAUGGACAUCCGGUGAACGUAGACGAGUGGUGUCUGCCCCAACAUGUGAAAGGUUUUAUCAGCCAACCUCUCAUGAUAGUCCUCUGCGGCCACCAUACCUGAAAAGAAACCUGACUUUUAAUAGUGGGGAGAGCUGGUCCCAUCCCCGUCAUAACUUCUACACAAGGUCAACAUAUACCCGCAAUGGGACUUCUAGCUCAGACUUCAGGCUAAUGUUGCAUUUUGGGAUGCCGAGGACCCCAACAGCACAGUGACAUAAAAACAUUUAUCUGAAGCAUAUAGGCAAUCAUUAUAUGAUAUGGUGGAUUCUGACUCAUCCACAAAGACCCUUACAGCAGGACUGGAGUUUCAUCCAGUCUUGCCUCAAAAAUCUCUCUUCUCUGCUUUAAAUUGUUUUACUUUACUUUUAAAUGAGGGUAUUCUCUAUGACUGAUUCAGAGAUUGUGGCUAUCCAAAACAGAAAAGGUUGGGGUGAAGUCCUUUGUAAAGAGAAAUCAGCAAAGCACAAUAUGUUAAGAUAAACCUUUUAUUAAUGUUUGGUUUUUUAAAUGUUCUGUGGAUAGGACUGAAGCAGCAUGACUAUAAGUAUGUAUGUCCUGAGUGUGAGGAUAGUGAAUGUCUGUGUACAUAUGGGUAGAGCUAUUGCUGUGGAUAAGGUUACCAGGUGAACACUGCGCACACUGAUCUCACAUACACUAUCACAGUCCUAAACAUCACAUAAAGACAUAGCACACCACCACAAACAAACAAUGCCUGUUGAUAACUUAAAAUAGGAUUUUUGUCAAAGCUAAAUACUGAAUUAAAUGUAAAAACAAAGCUCUUAUGCCUAAUUAAUAGCAAUGUAUGUAUGUAAUUUAAGAUGAAUUCUAAGUAAACAAAAAAGGUACAAAAACUAUAUUGCUUUAAAACAGGAAUUGUGGAAUUCCAUAAACAAGAAAACAAAACUGUUUACAUAUUUCUUGAAUAAUUUUGCACUUUAUAGCUAAUACAGGUGAUGACCAUGAUCAAAAAACUCUGUGCAUGUCUACUAGCAAAAGACCCCCAUGAAACAAAACUUUCUUAAUGGGUCUCUAAUGCUCAGAAUCACACAGAAGGGUUGACUUUUUUUUAACUGAAUAAAGUCUAACAAGUAUAUAAAGAAAGUACAAGUAUAGUUUGGGCCAAUGCUGUUACACACAGAUCACAUCCAGCAUAACUUGGUUUUUUGUUGCAUGUUUUGGGAGUUAUUUGCCAAACAAGAGAAUCCCACAGGAUCUAAACUCACCCAGAUCAUACAAAGAACUCACUACAAGGUGGCAUACCAGAACUGAUAUUCUUAGUACUGUAUUAAAAAAUGUCCAGUUCCUAACAGUCUAAAACACCAUCUAAUGUUCCCCUCAGAAUUCAGCUUGGCUAAAUGACUUUGAAAAAGCUUCAGUACAGGACUACAAAACAAAUCAAUUAGUGGUCACAGAAACAUCAAAGGAGUACACCUUUACAUUAAAGUCAUGCCUUUUAUCUUGGGACAUAAAGCCAGUUUUGAAGUCCUCACAUGAUGAACUUUUUAUUAUUAUUACUGUUAUUACUAUUAUUUUAUAAAAUGCCAAAAUAUUUUCAUCACUGAAUUUAAAUCUGGUGCACCCCUAGGCUGCUCUCAUCCCCCACCACUACCUCCACCCCUACCCCACCACUCGCUUGCCCUGCUCACACCUCCUCCAGCUUGAACCUUCCUCGCCUAGUCCCUGCUACUGCUGCCACCAUUUAUCUGAUUGGGUGCACUGUGGAAUGGUUGUGACAGUCAAACAGCUGUCAAAAUCUUGAGUCCAGCACUCAGUGUAGAUGUGGCCAGCAGUGGCAUGUUGACCUCAGAUCUUUGCCACCCUAGGCCCAGGCCUUUGUGACCUGCCUACAAAUCUAGGCUUCUGCAGUGUAUAUAUUAGAAAUAUAAGAAUAAAAACAACCAGUUUAAGAGGUAAAGAGGGUCCUUCACAAAAAUGCUUUCAAUCUAAAGGAGAACACUUAUGUACUUUUUUCAACAGGAUUUAAAGGGCAACUAUACCCCUGAAAAUAACAGAUCACAUAAAAUAGUCCAUAUGUAAAACACUGUUUCAUCUAAAUAAAAACUUUUCAUUAAAAAUGUA